AUGGCUUUUCUUUGGCAGCUGCCCCAAAGACUACUCUUGCUAGGGACAGCAGCUUUGACUGUGUCUGCCCUGGGGACAGCGGACCUGACGGACCUGUGCGGACAGACGUGGCAAGGGGACGCGCUGCAGCUUCGCUCUCACUCGGCUUCACGAAAGUUCUACUUUGUGACUCCGGACACAGAUUGCGUGCUGUGGCUGCGUGCCGCGGCCCCUGAAGAUAGGAUGCGCUUCCAGUUCCGCUUCUUCCUGGUCUACAGUCUGUCCUCGGCCACCCGGACCACAGCAACCACCCUGGCCACCCGGGCCACCCUGGCCCGGAAUGCAUCCUCGCCCGACCCGUGCGCACCCGGCUCCUACCUGCAGUUCUACGACGGCCCCCAGGGGGCGCCACGGGCCCUGGGACCCCCGACCUGCGGCCUGACCAUCCCUGCCCCUCUCACUUCCUCUGGACCCUGGCUUGGCCUGCGCUUGGUCACCAGGGGCCGCCAGCCCCGUGUGGACUUCUUGGGAGAGGUGACCUCUUUCCGCUUGGGGUCUUGUGGCACCUACUUCCGCUGUCGGAAUAGCAGGUGUGUGCCCCAGAGCCUGCUGUGUGAUGACUGGGACAUGGACAACUGUGGUGACGGCAGUGACCAGGACUCUCAACCCCCAGCCAGCUGCAGAGGUCCCUCUCCGGUACCCAAGCAGACUCUGAGAAUGGAAGAUGACAGUUCCAAGCCUCUGACUCUCCUCGUGGCUCUCGGCUCUGCAGCGGACAGGACCUCUCCAGCAAGCCUGGCACCCGUCACACAGGAGGUGUCGGAAGGUGCCUGGAUCUGGCGGGUGGCUCUGGCCUCCUCGAUGCUAUUGGCCUCCACUGGCCUCCUCUGGUGGUACUGCUGCUGCCCAGGUUGGCUGGUCUGGCACCCAGAUGCCCACAGGCUUGGCCUCAGAUGCUGCACAGCCUACAGUACUUGCCACCUAUGUCCUGGCCGGGUGGCUCCUGGGGAUCUGUGGCUGAACUGGCCAGCAUUCCAGAACCAGAGAGGCCACCCUUAG